AUGACACUUCAGGAUCCGAAGCGCCUCAAGGGCUCGCCGUGGCCACAGGCCCUGCUGGCCAUCGAAGAGCUGCGGGCGUCUGCCGCGCCAAGGAGCACCAUCCGGCACAACAUGGUGCUCAACUCCUGUGCCAAAGCCCAAAAGUGGCGACACUGCCUGCAGCUGCAACACGAGAGCGGCUUCGGCAACCUUGUGAGCCAGUCGACAGUCAUUGCCGCCGAGGCACAAGUCAACAGGUGGUGCAAUGCGCUUGAACGACUGGCGUGCCUCGGCAGCCGGCGGCUGCAGUCGAAUGCCGUGGCUACCACAGCUGCUGCUCAUGCCAUCGGCGGAGCUACGUGGCCUUUGGCAGCUGUUCUGCUGGCGGCACAGCAAGGAGAUGUUGGUGCGCAGAACGCGAAGAUGGCCCUGUGGGCCGAUGGCACGUGGUCUCAGGCGCUGGAAGUCUACGACUCGCUCACACAAAGGAGGCUGACGCCUGAUCCCACCAGCACCAGCACCGCCAUCAUGGCAGCGGCCGAGGGUCUGAUUUGGACUUCGGCACUGCAUCUUCUCCAGGAGUUGUGGAUUCUGGAGCUGCGGUGCACCACCAUACUCCUCAAUUCUGCCAUCACUGCAUGUGGACGCUGUGCUCAGUGGGCGAUGGCUUUGGCCAUCUUUGCGGACCAUUUCACCGAGAGUCUGGAGAGGAGCAAUGCUACCUACACCACUCUGAUCGGCGCCUGCGAGAUGGGAGGUCGGUGGGAGCUGGCCUUGGAGGUUCUGGCUUUGUCGCGGAGCGAGCAGAGGUGCACGAAUGUGACCUUCAAUGCAGCUCUGGGCGCCUGCGGGCAGUGUGCGCGAUGGCAAGUGGCCCUGCAGCUCAUGGAGGACACGGUGAAGGCGUCCUUUCCAUGCGACACUAUCGCACACAACACCGCCAUGGCAGCCUUUGCCAAGGCCGGACGAUGGCAGCACGCGCUGUGGCUUCUCAGCCUCACUUCCGGAGGUGCAGAUGUCAUCUCCUACGCUACUGUUGCGCGAACUUGUGCUGCAGAAUCCGCGUGGCGAAUCGCUGCAGCGGUACUUGCAGUGGGUCGGCGAGCCCAGGUGGAAAUGGACGUCGUUGCACAUGGGGGCGUGCUUGAUGCCUGUGCUGGGCGCUGGGCAGUGGCGGGCGAAAUCCUUGCGGAGAUGUACAAGGAGGGUCUGCAUCCCACGGUUCGGUCCUACAGCGCGGCACUCGCAGCGGGGAGAGUGCCAUGGAAGUUUGCCAUGAAGCUGGUGGACCAGCUUCGCGCGAGGAAGAUGCAGCUGCCUGCUGUCGUGUGCGAUGCAGCCAUGGUGGCUUGCGAGAGCUCCGGGGAGUUGGAUCAUCUCUGGCUGCUUUUGGUCUCCAGUGAGCGUUCGCCCAGUGCCUUCCUCUGGGGCUUGGCCCUGCUGGGUACGUCUGAGGCAGAGGUGAUCCAGGAAGCUUGCGGAAGGGCUCUGGUGCACCUGCGCAGGGACCGAAGUCAGAUCUCCUGCAAUGAGCUGGCCUCCCUUUGGUCGUCCGGGUCUGCGCUCGGAGCGGUGAAUCCAAACUUCCAGAGGUGCCUGGCAGAGCUCACCGCAGAAAUGGAGGGCUUCAGCUUGGAGGAGCUUGUGACAGCGGUAUGGGGCGUUGGGUCAGUGCCCUCACCAGAAUCUGCCGGAAUACUGGUAGCAGCGCAGUGGCGAGUGCUGGAUAUCCUGCGUGGUCUUCUGGACACCAGGAGGGUGGAGAGUCUGAUGAUGACACGGGAUGGCUUGCAUGUUCUCGGCGUUAUGCUCGCCUGCUACCUGGCUGGCUGCCUCUCACAGCAGUUCCGGCGCUUCCUACGCCACACGUUUCUCCAUGUCGGCCGUGCCCGGGACGCCGCAAGGCCCGGCAGGCCUGGCCAGCCAGGCACACUGGAGAAGGCAUCCUGGUCGCCGUCGCCUUCGCCCCAGGACUCAAAGCCUGUGCUCGUGAUGCGGGAUUCCGACCGAGCCGUGCUUUUGAAGCCAGCUGGCUGGGAAGUCUACGGCCAGCACACCAAGCGACAGCUGUCUUCGUUUGCCGCCGACGUUUUGGGCUCGAGGCCCAUCUUCGAAGAUCCGGGGCACUACCACGGCUUCCUGCAUCGCCUCGAUGUGCCCAGCUCUGGCCUCAUCCUGGUGGCGGCGAGCUACGAAGCCUACUACGAUCUGCAGGUCCAGCUGCACUCUGGCCAAGUACAGCGUGACUACGCCGUCCUACACCAUGGCCGUUUACCUGUUUCCGUGAAUCAGGUGGACAGCCGCCUGCUCUGGCAUGGAGAUGGGCCUACCCUUGCGGGGGGUCGGGGGAAGCCUUCGCGAACUCUGGUCGCUCUCCAAUGGUACGCAGAGAGCGAGGUCGGCUCCGUCAGCCAGUCCCAUCUACAGAUUUGCACGGGCCGGAAGCACCAGAUCCGGAGCCACUUGGCCCACAUCGGCCACCCGGUGCUACGUGAUGGAGCCUAUGGCAAUGAAUCUAGCUGGCCCGGCACGUUUCGGAAGGCAGGUGUGACCGCAAACAACCCCAUUGCUGACCAAGAGCUCAAAAGUGACUGCGAGUUUAGGCCAUGCACUGCCUUGCUGCUUCGGAGGCAAGCUUCUUCACCUCUCGUGGCGAUGCGGCGAUUUGUGCUCGGCAUUGGCUGCAUCGGCACCGUUUGGCUUUCCGAGACAGAAAGGCUCGCCUCCGCGAGAUCCUCGAG